CACGUGGGCUAGGAAUCACGGGAGCCGGGAUGCAGGACGUGCAGAACUUGCCGAUUGAUAUACAGACCGGCCGGCUGCUUGAUUGGCUGGUGGACCGGCGUCACUGCACCCUAAAAUGGCAAAGCAAAGUCCUGCAGAUAAGAGAGAAGAUCAACCAAGCCUUGCAGGACAUGCCCGAGCACGACGAAAUCCGCAGUCUGCUCUCUGGGACGUAUAUUAACUACUUCCACUGUCUGAAGAUUGUGGAGAUCCUGAAAGGAACGGAAGCCGCAACCAGGAAUCUGUUUGGUAGAUACUCUUCUCAGAGAAUGAAGGACUGGCAAGAGGUGGUGUCUUUGUACCAGGCUGAUAACACGUAUCUGGGGGAGUCAGCCAGUCUCUUCAUGCGCAGCGUGAGCUAUGAGAUCCCAGCUCUGAAGAAGCAAAUGACUCGCUGUGAGCAGCUGUCUCUGGAGAGUGAGCGUCGGGCAGAGGAGUGCUUGCACGGAGCAGCACAACAGCGAGAACAAUAUUAUAACAGCUGCAAAAACUAUGGGAUCAGUGGUGAGGAUAUACGAAAAGAACUUGUGGCAUUGGUUUGCGAUGUUCCUUCUGUCCUGAGGCAGAUCGGGGCUGAUGCUGCAGGGCUGUUGUCUGCUAUCCAGCUGUACCAGGCCUGUGUGACCUUUGUAUGUGACAGCUCACCCGAAGAGGCCCUUCCUAUCCUUCGGCACGUGCAGAAAUGUGGAGACACUACCAUCUAUGAGUGGCGAGUGGGGGAGGCACCAAGGAGGGUAGAGCGCCCUGACAAAGAGAAACAAGAGACCCCACAAUGCCCAGAGGAAGGAGAAAUCAACUGGGGAGAUUUCGAGGUGCAACCAUCAACGGCAGCUGAAACAGAAGAAGGGCUUGACAGUUUGGCUACAGGAGAGAUAGACUGGGGCAUCUCAGUGGAGCCAGAGGCUGCAGAAGUGGACGGCAUAAACUGGGACGCGGGGGAGGAACCUACAGCAGUGAUCACUGUACUGGAAACUGGAAGCAAUGUUCUGCCAGGUGUUGCUCGCGGUUCAGAUGCUCUUUCGGUCCUAGAAAACACAGACACGCGAAAUCAGUUUGUGGAUGAAUUAAUGGAGUUAGAGUUGUUCCUGUGUCAGUGGCAGCAGAGUAUGGAGUGCGACACAGACAUUGUCACUGUAACACAGUUCCAGACAGCCCCAUCUAUUCUGCAAGGACAGACACAGGGGAAAGUGCUCGCCAUGAUAUCUGUUGUGCAGGGCCUCAUCAGCCGACUGACAGACACACGGAUGCGCCAGCUGUUCCUAAUAUUGGCAUCUCCCAGAUAUGUGGACCGUGUGACGGAUCAUCUGGGCCAGCGCCUGCGUCAAGCACAACUGCUGGAGAAAAAGAGCGUUUCUUGGGUAGAGAGAGGCAGAGCAGCUCAGGAAGAGAGACAGAGUCUGGAGCCCAGGCUGUCCCUUCUACAGGAAAGAAGUCGGGAGCUGAAGAAGCAGAUUGAAGCAGACCUGUCCAAGAGGUACAACAACCGUCCUGUCAAUCUGAUUGGUACAGGCCUCUGAUCUUUAUGCUUUCAACUGCAAA